CGCGAGGUUUGUCCCAGUGGAGUUGCCGUAGCAAACCGUCAGAGGCUCGCGCUGCGCUGCGCCGCUCAGAUCGGUUUUCUUCUGAUUAUUGAUGAUCGAUUAGAGAUGACCCGUCCACGGUAGUGACGUAGUGACAGUCUGGAUGAACGUGUGUGAUGGACUUUGUGCUGUUUGCUCUCAGAAUCAUCUCCCGCCACAUACAAGUAUACACACGUUAGCUUAGCAUGCUAGCUGUAAACAGCGUGACUGUGUGAAAAUGUGUAAAGUCCAGAUUCUGAGAUCGUUGGUGAAGCAGCGACUGACUGCGGCUGCUGAGGAGAUAUGUGCGCUGUUUGAAAGGACGAUAGCAGAGUACGAGGAGGAACUGUGUCGGUCCACAGAGCAGAACCAGCGACACCGGAACCUACUGGACUCUGCUUUAACGCCUCAGCUUCGGUUACACAGAGCAGAUGUCCAGCAGCUGUUGUUUGCUCAGAUAAAGGUUUCUCCCGAGCAGCAGGAGUGGAGCUCCAGUCUGGACCAGCAGGACCCAGAACCCCCACACAUUAAAGAUGAACAGGAGGAAGUGUGGACCAAUCAGGAGGAAGCUGAUAUCACUGAGUUCACAUUCACUCUUGUUCCUGUGAAGCGUGAAGAUGAUGAUGAAGAGAAACCUCAGUCCUCACAGCUUCAUCAAAGACAAACUGAACACAUGGAAACAGACUCUGACAGACAGGACUGUGGUGGACCAGAACCAGCCAGGAGCCCAGUUUCAGAUAGACAUUUACAAUCAGAGACUGAAGACAGGACAGGAGACUCUCCAGAACCUGAAGACUCUCCUGAACCUGAAGACUCUCCUGAACCUGAAGACUCUCCUGAACCUGAAGACUCUCCUGAACCUGAACCUGAACCUGAAGACUCUCCUGAACCUGAACCUGAAGACUCUCCUGAACCUGAGGCUGAAGACUCUCCUGAACCUGAGGCUGAAGACUCUCCUGAACCUGAAGCUGAAGACUCUCCUGAACGUCACACUGAAGACAAUGAUGAUGUCUGGAGUGAGACCAAAGAACCUCAGUCAAGUUUAAACUCUCAUAAAAACAUUGAACUCCCUGUAAGUGCUGUAGGAUAUGGCACUGGCAAGGUACAGUUUACUUCCUCUGACUGUGGUGAAAGAUCGAGCAAAAACUCAAAAUUGAACAUUUGUAUGAGGAUUCAGAAAGGAAAGAAACCAUUUAGUUGUUGUGAAUGUGGUAAAAGAUUCAACUUCCAGUGCCAUCUUAACAGACACACAAAGAGUCACACAGGAGAAAAACCACAUAGUUGUAGUGAAUGUGGUAAAAAAUUCAGCACACAGCAAGAUCUUGUCAGACACACGAGGAGUCACACAGGAGAGAAACCAUUUAGUUGUCGUGAAUGUGGUAAAAGAUUUACCCAACAGCAACAUCUUAUCACCCACACAAAGAUUCACACAGGAGAGAAACCAUUUAGUUGUGGUGAAUGUGGUCAAAGAUUUGACUACCAUAACGUCCUUAAGAGACACAGAAGGAUUCACACAGGAGAGAAACCAUUUAGUUGUCCAGAAUGUGGUCAAAGAUUCACUCUACAGCAGGAUCUUAUCAGACACACAAAGAUUCACACAGGAGAGAAACCGUAUAGUUGUAGUGAAUGUGGUAAAAGAUUCAGUCAACGGCAAAAUCUUAUCAGACACACGAGGAUUCACACAGGAGAGAAACCGUAUAGUUGUGGUGAAUGUGGUAAAAGAUUUACCCGACAGCAACAUGUUAUCUCCCACAUCAGGACUCACACAGGAUAGACAUUACAGAGUUGUUGUGAUUGUUGUUAAAGAUAAAAAUGUCUUUGCGCUGAAUGUGGUAAAUAAUUAAAUAAUAAAUGUAGACAUAAGAGACCCGACACAUGGCCGUACACACAGGUGUUAGGAGUAGAGGGAUUGUAGCUCCUCCUUUUCUUUCUUUUCUCUUUCCCUCUGUUUUUCACAAAUAAGUGGAUUGGUUUUCAUGAGAGAUCUAAGAGGUGUGGAUAAGCGGUGCUGAGGUUGAGAUGACCUCACUUGGAGAGGUGUGUGGCCUCCACACCUGAAAUCAAGAAGAAGAAGCCUGAAGACGAGACGCCACCAUCAUUCUUUGAACUGUGAACUGAAAACCAACGACAGAGCUCGCUGCUCCUGAGAGCGGCUGAACAGAUGGAAACAGACUCUGGUAAAGACAUUUACCAGAGUCUGAAGACAAGACUGAAAACUCCUGGUUGUGCAACAUUAAUAGGGAGUUUUGGGUUCGGCUAUCAAAAAUAAUUAAUGGUGAUCAGGAAUAAUGAUUAAUUGUGAUAACUAGUGAGAUCAAAUUCACACUGGAGCACCUUAAGUUAAUAAUUAGCUUAAUAACUUAAUUACUUAAUAACUACAACCAAUAUUACCACAACAGCUGUAAUAGUUGGAGCUCUUGUCAGAGUCACAGAGGUCAACAUUCACUCUUGUACACUAUUAAAUAAACAGCAUGAAGAUUC